UUCAAGAUACAGAUAUCGCACAGUAUGCGUAAAAAAAUAUUAAAACUUAUAGAUGACAUUCGAAAUCCUAUCGAUAUAUUGACUCAAUCAUGCGGUAAGUCAUUAUCAUUUAAUAGUUUGUUUAUCAUGUGUCUCAAUGGUUAUCUAAUCGUUUCGUUUUCAGAUAAUAAACCAAUGUUGAUGCGAGCUAUUAUAUAUUUGUCGGGGGGUUUUCUUCAAUUACUCUACUGGUGUGCGCUCGGAAAUGAACUCAAAUAUCAGGCGGACAAUUUGACAACAAGUCAAUGGAUGUCAGGCUGGGAGAACAACUACCACGGAGGUAUCAAUAAUUUAGUUACAACUGCUAUGAUAAAAACGAUGCAGCCAUUAGAAAUGCGAGCUGGCGGUUUAUUUGCACUUAAAAUGGAAACUUUCAUAUCAAUCCUCAAAAGCUCGUACUCUGUUUUUGUGUUGAUGACAACGGUUUCUGGUUAG